CUGGGAAGACCAGGGUAGAGGGGAAGGAGCAUGUGUUGCAUUUUGGACAAAUAGGGUGGCUUUGGGGCAUUCCAGUGGGGGAUAGUCUUCCCAGGGGAUGUUAACUCACUAGUGGAAUACACAGAUCUGGACUGGCUCUCAGAAGCAAGAUCUGAGAUACAAAUUCUUGCCUCAUCCAAACAGACGUGGGAACUGAAGCUGUGAAUACAGCCGCCACAGAACAGGAAAUGAAGGAUUCCUAUGGUUACUGUCCAGAGAAAGGGCGGCAGUGUGCACGGGAAACAGGUGGACCAACAGAAGCAGGAGGACAACCAGGAGUCCCGUACCCCAGAAGCCCAGGGGAUGAAGUCCAAUAUGAAAAGACGGACGCGGCUCGUGCAAACGGGUUGAGUAGAGACUCCUUUUUGUGUUUUUACUGUGCUUAUUUCUAAGUCUUCUAGAAACACACACACACACACACAAAAACAAGAACAGCUUGGCUUUGUGGAACCCAAGAUGCCCGUCCUCCGCCUGCCCAGGCUCUAAGAUGCGGCGUUUCGGAAUUUAGGAACAGCGCACGUGGUUUUCAGACUGUGCCCCUCUCGGACAUCGGAAAACCUGCAUCUGCACAAAAGUCGCGAACCUAACUGGCUUCAAUUUCUGCUUAGAAUUUGCCGGCGAAGCAUCGACGACCAUUGGGCCAGACCGGCGAGAAGACGCGGGCUGGGUACCCAAUCUUGGAAGUCGGGGGCGGUGCGAGCCAGGACCCCGCCCCUCCGCGAAGCCAAUAACUCGAGACGGGCGCGGGAGGGGCGUGGCGGGCCUUGCAGGCGCCGUCGUGAUUGGCACUUCGGCUCCCGCUGCCCGGGAGGCUGCCCCGACGUCUAGCUCCGGAGAACCCCAGGCGAUUGCGGACCUAUGAAGUUUGUCCGCUCCGGGGUACCGUAGUGGCUUUUAGCCCGGCCGGGCGGGCGGGCAGGGCUGGCCUGGGCUGAGCUAGGCUGGGCGCCUGGAGGCAGGCUCAGUCCCGGAGACCCUGAUGGCUGCGGUGUUUCUGGUGACGCUCUAUGAAUACUCGCCGCUUUUCUACAUCGCGGUGGUCUUUACCUGCUUUGUCGUGACUACCGGCUUGGUGCUAGGAUGGUUUGGCUGGGAUGUGCCAGUAAUUCUGAGAAACUCAGAAGAGACCCAGUUCAGCACAAGAGUUUUCAAAAAGCAAAUGAGACAAGUCAAGAAUCCUUUUGGCUUGGAGAUCACUAAUCCAUCUUCAGCUUCAAUUACAACUGGCCUAACCUUGACAACAGAUUGCCUUGAAGAUAGCCACCUCACCUGCUACUGGGGGUGCAGUGUGCAGAAGUUAUAUGAAGCCCUGCAGAAGCACGUUUACUGCUUCAGAAUAAGCACCCCCCAAGCUUUAGAAGAUGCUCUGUAUAGCGAAUAUCUGUAUCAAGAACAGUAUUUUAUUAAAAAGGACAGCAAAGAAGAAAUAUAUUGCCAGUUACCAAAAGACACUAAAAUUGAAGACUUUGGUGCAGUGCCCAGAUCUCGCUAUCCACUUGUAGCGCUGUUGACCUUAGCUGACGAGGAUGACCGAGAAAUUUAUGACAUCAUUUCCAUGGUGUCAGUAAUUCAUAUUCCUGAUAAGACUUACAAGCUUCCCUGCAGAAUAUUGUAUCAGUAUUUACUCUUGGCUCAAGGUCAAUUUCAUGAUCUUAAGCAACUUUUCAUGUCUGCAAAUAAUAAUACCACUCCCUCCAGCCACCCCUCUCCAGAAGAAAAAAACACAGACCGAAGCUUGUUGGAAAGGGCCGGACUGUCUGAAAGCGAAGUGGAGCCGUGGGAGGAGAACAGCAAGGACUGUGUCGUCUGCCAGAACGGGGCCGUGAACUGGGUGCUGCUGCCGUGCCGGCACACGUGCCUGUGCGAUGGCUGCGUGCGCUAUUUUCAGCAGUGCCCAAUGUGUAGGCAGUUUGUGCAGGAAUCUUUUGCACUUUGCAGUCAGAAAGAGCAAGAUAAAGACAAACUGAAAAGUCCAUGAGGAUGUUGUUGCAACUGAGAAGUACACUUUCUACCUAAGAUGCAGAAAUUCGUGUUCUUAGAAGGUAAUCGGAACUUGAAAUGUACAGUAAUGAACUUCAGUGGAUAUUCUAACUUCCUGCUUGUCCGAUACAUGGAUGAUGAAAACUAAUGAUUUCUCCCUACUCAGUAUGGUGAGCACUGGAAACCAUCUGUGUUAAUAUAUAAAAAUCCAUUCAACCCUCCAGAAGAAUGUAAAUGUUGGCCUUUUAUCAGCUAGAAGAUUUCAUGUAUUGUGGAUUACAAAAAUCGUUUUUGAAAGCCAGCCAUCUAAGAUUUGAGGAGGUAAAAGUCUCAAGAUUGCUAAAGAGUUUCCCUUUGACAAAAUCUGUGGUGUAAUUAGGAAACAACUUAGUUCUUCUUAAAGUAAUUGUAUGUUUUUCAGUUUAUAAAGGAGUUGGCAAGGGCUUCCUGCUUUAAAUCCUUUCAGCAAACAGUAGUUUUUAUCAAUACCCAUUUGGUUUCUGACUUCCCUUAGCAUCAGAGUUACAUGAGCACGAAUCUUAAUUUUUAAAUAUGGGUUCAUCACACAGAAACACAAGGUUCAGUUCUUGACUGCUCUCCUUGUGUCAUAGAUUCAAAGGAUACUCAUCUCAAGGAGGCAGAUUUAGAAAAUAGAAAAUGUCUUGGGUAAUUAAGUUUAUUAAAUCGCCUGUCAAUUGUGGUCAGAUUAGCAGAAAAUGGUCUACCAGGGAAGGUCUUGAGACUGAAUGCCUUGCCUUAGAAGUCCUCCUGCACACUGUAUCUGGCCAAAACUGGACAGGUUUUAGAGCUAGACAAACCCCUGAAAGAAACAAAUCACUAUUGUUUUCUAGUGGAUUCUUCUUCCAAACCCAAGAUCCUUCAGAAUAAUCAAUUGCUUUGUAAGAGUUGAGGAACUUUAUAGGCAGAAAAGUACCAUGCCCUACUCCUCCCAAGAUGAGUGAGAAAAAAAUGGUGAAUCAGAGCUUCCCAUGUCCUUAGUGAAACUUGCCAGCAAAUCGCCAAGAAAGCAGACCAUGGCAAACAAACCAUGACAUUCAGGGAGAUGUCCAAGCCUUUUUGUCCUGCUUAUGUUUAGAAUAAUGCCUUAUCUUUGUAUCAGGGUUUUUACAAAAUACCAUUUCAUUCCGAUCAGACAUAUGAGAAGUCUUCAUAAAGUUCAUGGAAAAUGCUCAUUAUGAAAAAAAACUAUGCAUGUAUUUCAAAAAAUUGUUGCACUAAGAUAAACACCUUUAAAUUUCAUUUUCUGUGAACUUUUUGAAGUAUCUUCAUAGCGCUCUUAAGAUGACAUUAUCUGGUCACCAUUAUAGAAGCCACAUCAAACUCCUAUCUGUGUUCAAUAGCCAUGAAAUAAAUACCUCGCAGGGGCUACUUUGAGGGAGUCUGGGCUACAGAGGAUCAGGCAAGGCUCCUGACCUCAGAGUGUUUGUAACUAGAAAGAGCAUUGAUGAUUAACACAGCCCGCUCUGGAAGUCCUUUAGGCUCAGUCGCAGCUGCCUUUGUAAACGGGGUCAAAAGCUACAGUCCCUGCUGCAGUGGGCUAGCAGUCUGUUAGUCUUGAAAACUCACUUUGUCGUAUGAAUUGAGAGAUGCUCAGAUCAUUUCCUCCAUCCUAGGCAUCUUACCUCCUUUUGCUGAUCAGUGUGUACCUAAACUGUCCUAGAUAUAUUCAGAUUCAGUAUCUCUCACCCAAAAUGUUUGAGACCAGAGUAUUUCUUAUUUCAGAUUUUGGAAUAUUGGCACAGAAAUAAUGAGAUAAUCUUGGGAACAGGAACCAAGUCUAAACUAAAAUCAUUCUGUGUUUUAUAUACAUCCUGUACACCUAGCCUGUAUGAUACUUGUAGUGUACCUAUAUUUUGACUGUGACCCAUCACAUGAAGUCAGAUGUGGAAUUUUCCACUUGUGGCAUCAUGUUGGUACUGAAGAGUUUGGAUUUUGGAUUAUUUUGGAUUUUGGAUUUAAAAUUAGGGAUGCUCAACCUGUAUUGUCUUUCUGUUUGGAGGUAGAUUCCACCAAUUCUGCCUGUGUUCUUACUGCAUUCUUCAUAAUUUUGGGUAGUAAAAGAUAUGUAACAUAAAAUUCACCAUUUUAACUAUUUUAAGUAUAAAAUGCAGUGACAUUAAGUGCAUUCAUUGUGCCACACUCACCAAUAUCCAUCUCCAUAAUUUUCCCAUCAUUCCACACAGAAGCCCUGUGCCCACUGAACAGUGACUCCCAUGACCCUCUUCUCAGCCUGUAAUAACCACCACCCUGCUUUCUGUCUACAGAUUUGCCUAUCCUAGGGACUUCAAAUAAGUGGAGUCUUACAGUCUUUGUCUUUUUAUGUCUGUCUUAUUUCACUUACCAUAAUGUUUUCAAUGUUUAUCCAUGUUGUACCUUGUAUCAGUAUUUUCCUUUUAAGACUAAUAUUCCACUGUGUCACUGUGUGUGUGUGUAAUUCAUAUUGAUUAUGUAUUCCUCAGUCAUUUUUCAUAACUCUUCAAGAUGAUUUGCCUUUAGUUCCUCUUGCUGCAGGUAAAGUAAUUGUUUCUCCUGCCUCAAUGGUAAUAAAUAUGAAAAGUUUGGUGGGUAAUCAAAUAAAAACAGAUACAGACAGUCCCCAACUUACAGUGGUUCAACUUACAAUUUUUUUAGCUUUACAAUGAUGAAAAAGCCAUACACAGUAAUUAGGCUCUGAACUUUGUAGUUUGAUCUUUUCCUGGGCUAGUGAUGUCUGCUAUGACACUGUCUGCUCUUGGCAUGCUCCUGUGGCAGAGAGCGGCAGCUCCCAGUCAGCCACAAAGCUGAGUGGCCAACGCUGCAGUGUGUUGUGUUGCUAAGCCAUGGUGUGCUGUAGAUUUGGUAUAUUAGAUGCAUUGUCAGUUUAUGACAUUUUCCACUUAACAAUGGGUUUAUCUGAUAGAACCCUAUCAAAAGUUGAGGAGCCCCUAUAUGCUGACUCUUAGAGGCUUUUGCUAGAAUUUGUCCAUAGUGGUGAGUACUGAUGUUUUGAGAGAAAUCUAUAAAAGCAUUCGAUUUGAAUGGAUUCUUGGAAAAGUAAAUAUUUGAUUUGAUUUGUGUAGAUUAGUUACUACCAGGGCUACAAGCAAGCAACCUUGACAGGUGAGCUGCCACCUCCUUCAGUAACCCUUUCUUCCCAACGUGAUGCCUGCUGAGAGUUCUAAUGUUUAAAUCAACUCUGGGAAAAGAACUUAAAACAACAACAACCUGUUACUUAAGACUAAAGUGCACAAGUUAUUGAAUUAUCUUUCAUGGAGUUAUCCUAUUUUUUAAACCUUUCCAUUAGUUAUGGAAUGAAGGGCUUUACAUUGGCUUGUGGGAAUUUGAAGAUCAACACAGGUGACUGGGGUUUGGGAAGGGUGAGGGGAGGUUUCAGCUUCCUGUACUCAGUAACUUAGUCCUGCCUCUGAUGGUCCCUUUUCCCCCCGGACAAUUCCCUCCCUCACUCCACCUCCCAAAUCUUGAACAGAGUCCUCCUCUCUAUAAUCAUGUCUCUUAUCUUUCCAUGACUUCUGUAUUGUGUUCCUGCUGAAUCUUUAAAAAAAUAUAUUUAUUUAUUUAUUUAUUUAUUUGCUUUGGAAGACAGAUAACUGUCAUCUACUGGUUUACUCCCCAAAUGUCCACAACAGCUGAGGCUGGGCCAGGCCAAAACCAGGAACCAAGAACUCAAUCCAGGUCUCCCACAGAUGUGGCAGGGACUCAACUACUGGCGCCGUCUCUGGCUGCCUCUCAGGGUGCAUGUUAGCAGGACCUCGAGACUGGGAGCAGAGCUGAGACUUGAGCCUAAGUGCUUUGGUGUGGGAUGCUGGCGUCCCAAGCAGCAUCUUCAGCUGUGCCAAACACCAGCACCAUUGCUGAAUCUUUCUAUCCUUGUCACCGUGACUUCACCCAUUUCCAGGUCCCAGAAUCUGUUUUGAUAAUUCACUGACUUGCUUCUGAGUCCCCUGCUCAACUGUUUCAAAUGUGUUUUCAUCUAAGCUUGCUUUCUUAUCCUUUCCUCUCCACCUGCCCCACCCACCCACAACCUUGACAUAGUUCAGCUCCAUCUCUUCCGGUAUUACCACAGAAAAUCAAGUGACAUCACCAGUUAAUGGAGUCCAUUACAAAGCCAGGUUGUGCAGUGGAUCCAGGUCCUUGGCACUGCUCAACAAAACCCGUUGUGUUUUUCUUAUUGGACGCCUUCCUGAUUUCUCAGUAGCUACUUCAAACUUUUCAAGUUCCCUAUCCCGCUACUGCGGUGUCACUGUCAGCAAAGAGCCUUCAAGAAGUGUGGUGUGAAGAGUAAGAUGAUGGGCCCCAAAGUCAGAUAUCUUGGGUUUUUAUUCCAGCCAUGCUGCUAAAACAGCUGGUCACUUAAUCUCACUCCGCCACAGUUUCCUCAUCUAUAAAGUGGUGAUAAUAGAACCUGCCUGCAGCCUGUGGAGAGAAUUAUCCCUACAGCAGCUAAUAUGUGUAAAUGCUUAGACCUGGGCAUAUCACGUGGUAAGAUGGAUUGUACUGUCAUUACUUAAACGUCCAAAGGCAGUAGUUAUUCUUUUCUCUCUUCCCCAAAAGAAGAAAUGUGUUAUUUCCCUCUCUGAGGUAAAUGCCCUACUUGUGUUCCUGAUCUCAUUUCUGCUUGCUCUCUAAAGACAUUUGUUUAUUCAAUAAUCAGGUAAUUAUUGAAAGUCAAAGAUACACAAGGUGUCAUCCAGGAGCUUGCAGAAAAUGCGUAUUAUGAAAAAACUGUGCAUGGAUUUAACUUGUCAGAAAAUGCAUAUUAUAAAAAAACUGUGCAUGUAAA